UGUCGUGGAUAUUUUAUGUGUUAAAGUCUCACAUAGUUUUUAUGUGUUAUCAAAGUGACUGUAGGGACUGUUGCCUGUGCUGUUAAAUUGCAAGUGUAGUUGAUUCGCUCAGAGUAAAGUGGCCGAUGUUGCUUUGUUAUGGUGGCCGCGUCAGGAGCAACCGAUUAAUUCAACAACCAACUUAUAGCAUAUCCUCUUGAAUGGUGGUGGUUUCUUUGUGUUGUUAAUUGUGAUGAUUAGCGUUGGACGCAUAAAGUUGUAAUUUAUCUGCUGCCAAGUUUGACAAGAGGUCGUCAGUGUCCAUGGUCGUCUCGAUGGCUGUUUUGGCCAAGGCUUAGCCAUCACAGGAUAUAGGUAGUAGGGUAAACAACCGCAUGGACUGGCCCAACUCACCGACGGUUACGGCAUGCCACCCUCCGAAAAAGUACUUAUAACGCGUCCUGACAUCGGAGAUGGGCAUCAGUCACGACUUGUUGGUGAGACGCUGAGCUAAAGACCUCUACUCUCCUUUCGAAUGUGCAUUGAAAGAUGCCUCGAAUGAAGAAAGGGUUGCAUGCUCAAAAGAAGAGGUCUAAGAGGCUGAGAAGGAGAAAAGACAAGGAGGAUGAGUGGCAAAUGUCAUAUGAUUCCCAGUCUCUUCAAUCUGAUGCUUUGGUGGAUAACUCCAAAUAUGGGAGUGACACAUCUGGAGUUGAUUAUGGUGUAGAUGAAAACCAUCCAGGAAAGAUGGAAAACAGCUCAAUGCUAAUGGCAGGUAAUUUUGGAGAUGGUCAAGGAAAGAAAGAGAUGAAUUUGACCGUCAAAGUAGAAAAUGACAUGAGCCUUCUUGAUGACCUGAGGGAUGAACUUGAUAUUGAUGGUAGAAAUCAACAACUUAGUGCAGCAGUCGAUGGUCAAGGUCAGAUGCCACAUCGAGCAGAUGAAGCCUGCGCAGGUGAACCAAUUGAUCCUUUAUCAUGUGUGGAAGUUGAUGAAGAAAAUUUUGUUGUUGACUGCGAUCCUAUGAUUGUCACCAACCCAGGGCUGUCAGCUGAAGUUGCCAGGCCACUUUCUUCCGAUGACAAUAGCAGCUAUUCUUCGUCAUCCAAUCCUCUCUUUACAGAUAUGUUAAAGAAUAAUGAACUUUUUUAUAAACAAAUGGCAAGUGCACCUAAUACAAUGAAUGAUGCUGAAUUAGCAAGAGCUCUCCAAGACCAUUAUGAUAAACUUGAAGCAAUGAAUGAAGAAUUGUUUGAAAAAAGAAAGAAAGCAGCAGCUAUCCAGAGAAGACGCAGGAAACGUAUGUUAGAAAGAAUGAAUGAGGACGAGUUGAAACAGUAUCGAGCAUCACAAACUGAAGCCUGCCGCCAACGACGAAUACGUAGGUUAGAAAGAAUGACAGAUGAAGAAAGGCAAAGGGAUCGUUUGUUGAAAAAUGCAUUAUGUUUAGCAAGACGGCAUCGCCGAGAAGCAAUGAUGUCUGAAGAAGAGCGCAAAGCAAGAAGGGCAGCAGCUGCAGCAGCUCAAAGAGAGAAGCGUAAACGUAAGCGAGAGAGUAUGACUGAUGAAGAAUUGAAAGCACACAAAGCUGAAGUGGCAGCUAUUUGGCGAAUGCGAAGACACUUGAGGUAUAUGAGGAUGUCUGAAGAAGAGCGCCAAGCUGAGAGAGCUAAAGCAGCAGAAGCCAAAAGAAUCAGCCGACAGCGUCAAAAAGAUAAAGAUGGCCCUGAGGAAUUAGUAAAACCAGUUACACAGAGAAGACCACGUCGAAAAAGAACCAGAAGCCAACUUUCGCUACCAGAGAGUGAAUCAGAUGCAAUUGAGAAUAGUUAUAGUAUGGAGAGCAAUGCAGAAAGUUUAAUAUCACAAAUCCUGAAGCAAACGCAACAUAUAGCAGCAAUGGAGAGUCAGCAAGGGGAUAUGGUUCCUGCUGAUUCACUUGAGAAUCUGCCAAAAGGACAGUCUUUUAAUGAAGAAACUUACCUUUUACCCCAUGAAAUACCAGAUAAAGAGACAGUUGUAGGUUCUCCUCCUAAAGUUACAAAUGAAACUUACCUUCUUCCACAUGAGAUACCAGAUAAAGAACCAGAAGCAGGUCAGCACCGUGAAGAUGUACAAGACACAAACCAAAAAACUUACUUAUUACCACAUGAAAUGCCCGAACAGCAACAUCCUGGUAUGAGAAAUUGCUCAAGCAUUGGGCAGGUAGAAAAACAGGAAAAUUAUAUUUUAUCACAUGAAAUACAAGAACCACACCAAACUAUGAGCCCUAAUUCAAAAGUUGCACAAGGAACAAAGCAGGACACAUAUCUUUUACCCCACGAGUUACCUGAAAAACAAGAAAUUAAGCAAGAGUCGUACCUUUUACCACAUGAAAUGCCUGAUCAGCAUCAUAACCAAAUUCACCAUCGUAAUGUUACUCAAAAUACUAUGAGGGAUGAUCGUCGCAGUGAAAUAUCAGAAGACUACCAUCACACUCCUGUUCAAGAUGUUUGUCAACCUGACAAGGUUCAGCAACUACAUCACAGAGAUAUUCGUAAUGAGGUUCAUCCUGGUGCACCUCAUUUGUAUCAUCAGCACAAUAUUGAGAACAGCAGUCAUCAUCUUCAACACAGAAUUCAUGAGAGUGAACAGAUGAGAGCAGCACAACUGUACCAUCAUGGCAAUAUCCCAUAUGAUACUAGAGCUGCUUUGCACCCAUAUCAUAUAAACAAUAUUCAUGGUAUUGAUCACUUGGGAAGACUGCAACAGUACCACCACCACGGUGAGAAUCAGGACAAUCAAACUGGAGCAUUACCAUAUAUUCAUGGUAGAAAUUAUAUGAACACUCUAUAUUAGGCUUUAUGUAGUAUUACCACACUAGGUAUCUUUUUAUCUUUUUCUUGUUUGUGACAUGCUUGUCUUAAGAUGUCCUUGAAUAUUGUUCAUUUAACGCUAUAACCCAGAGACCUGACAUUUUAUCUCAAGUAUGUUGAGAACUCUAGUUCAGAAUCAUAUCAGUACAAGGCAGAUGUUACAACAACUAAAGUCUUUUAUUACAUCAGUGCAAAUAGGACAUAAAAUCAAGCCAAAAAUAUUUUUGGUAAUUACAUAUUUGGUAUGAAACACUAAAGCAGUCUUUCUAUUGAUGCUUGUGGCACUUGCAUGAGUCUUGAAGAUUUCACAUCAGCCUAUGUCCAGAUUGUUUUUUGGCAAAGAUUGAGUUACAAAAGUUCUUAUCAGCUAAGCUAUAUCAUGAAAUGAAUUUAAAGCUGGUUAGUAUCAAAGGAGUAAUAUAACUUAAGAGUGAAAAAUCAGAGACAGACUUCAGAGGAGUAAAUUAAAUAUUAUUGUAAUGAAGUGACAAUGUAAACGGCUUCUGAAGGCACCUUUACUACUUCUGAAGAACUGAUCUAUCAAAAGCCUGCUUUCAGUUGCUCUUGGAGAGUAGCACCCUUUGUCUUUUUCUUUUUUUCUUUAAUAAGUUAUGGCUUGUGUAGAUUUGGAAUUUUUCUUUUAUGGAAAGAGACUUAUGUGUGUGUUAGAGUGGAAUAGAAUGUACAAUAUAGACCAAAGGCCAAGCUCAAGGACUUACGAGGUCAUUCAGGAGUGAAAGGGAAAUUGAGAGAAAGAAGAGUGAAGGUGUAAUGCACUAUGAAACAAUUGAUAGGAGAGAGUGGAAGGUAAGAUGGAUGAAAGAGAAUAUGAAUGGAGAUACAAUAAAAGACAUAAAAGGGUUGCAUUUAGGGGCCAAUGGGUUGCUGUAAAGAAAAAUGCACAAUGCCUACAGUGCACAGCAUGAGGUGCACUGAUGGCAUUUCCCUCCUAUGGGGCUUAGGUGCGUUCUCUCUCUCUCCUACAGUGCACAGCAUUUGGAUGCACUGAUGCUCUCUCUCUCUCUCUCUCUCUCUCUCUCUCUCUCUCUCUCUCUCUCUCUCAGAAUUUCUUAUGGUCCUUUUUAUAAGUAACCAAUAUUAGUAUGCAUUUCAUUUACAGGAAGGACGAAGUUUCGAAAUAUGUUUUAUUCAGCCAAUUAGAACACAUCUUGUUUGAAGAAUAUUUCAGUAAUGUAGAUGAUUGGCUGGUAAAGUUCAUUUGGCAGCUAUAGUCUUAUCAUAAAAGGAUUACUCGGUCAAAAUAAUUAAGGGGAAACAAACUCAGGUGGUUUGACGUCAUCAGGGUGAAAUGUGUUUAAUUCAUCGUAAUCAUUACAAAUCAUAAGAAAAACUUUUAAGAUACAGUGUAGGGAAAUAUGACAUUGGUAGUUACAAGGAUACAUCCUAACUUAGCCUUACCUGACUAAAGUGGUUUCACCCCGCCCACUUUGGCCCAAGAAGCAUGUCUGGGCUCUAAAAUACUAGGAGCAAGAACAUGAAAGUAAAUUCAUCAGGAUGCUUUGUGUGUGUUGUCCAUACACAAGUAAUUUAAAGGUUGAAGAGAAUUCAUAAAUAUUUAUAUUACAUCAAAACACAAUAAUAAAAGUUUUACUUUAAGCUGAUUUCUGGUGAUAGAAGUUCACUCUUAACAUGGUUCGAAAGUCACGUAAAGCCGUUGGUCCCGUUGCUGAAUAACCACUGGUUCCAUGCAACGUAAAAAUACCAUAAAACAAACAACAAAAACAAGCUGAGAAAUCUAAACUGUGUUUAUAAGAAAAUGGUAAAAACACGUACGUUUUUGGAGAGUAGUAUAAAAAUAUAUGAAGCAGCGCUAAUAGUCUUUCUAUUAGACUUUUUUUUAUAGCAAAGUCAUCGAUUUUUUCCCUAGUCUACCUGAGUAGGUGUUUAUUGGUAAGAUACAGGAGAUGCAAGCCCCCUAAAUGUGCUAUUUAUAAGAGAAUCUGAUUACACUUUAGUAAAAGUAUUUCUGAAUUAUUCCUCGGCACCGAACAUUCCCUUUUCCUGGACUUCUUUUUUUUUCCCUCCAUGCUUCAUGUGCUGUGUUACAAUUACAAUUUUUUUUUAGCCAACUUCAUUGCUACAUUCCAUUUGGUGGAUUAAGAUUUAUUUUUUUCUCCCCCAAAAAAUAAAGCAGCUCUUAACAUCUAGAGUACAUUUCUAUGAAUUCUAUUUUGAUGUAGCCACCAUUAAAGCAAAAAGAGAUGGGGCACAAAGGAACUGAAGGACUGAAAUUAUGUUGGAAAGUUGCUACUUAUGAAAAGUGGUUGCUCCCCUGCUCUCUCUCUAGCUACACCACUGCCUGUCUUUAAAUGUGUGCAUAUAAUUUAUGCAAGCAGCACUUACUGAAAUAUAACUUAUCUAACGUAGUACGGUACACAGCAUCCUACCUGAUGAGACCUAACGUAAUACUUACAAGGAUACACCCUAACAUAACCUAGGAGACCAUGUCCUACCUGAGUGUGCAUGUAUAUGUAAGAGUGGGAAGGGGAGGGCAUACCUAAACUUUUUGUUGGUCCAAAUUAUUACUGAACUGUCUCAAUAUAGUAAUUUUGUCACUUUUGUUAUGUCACUCCUUUGAACACAUCUGUGAGAUAUCGCCAUAUCUUAACUGCUGUAGUGUAUUAUUACUCAUUACUUUUGUUGCAAAAAAUAUUUUUUACUCAGCAAGCAAACAAGGUUUCAUUUUCAUUGCUUAUAAUAUUAAGGUGACAGAACUGUAGUUUGAGCUGUAAGAAUGCUAAUUUUAGUUUUUUCUGCAACAUUUUACUCAGCAGUAUGACUUGGAUAUGAUGUGAAAUCUAAUUUUGUUAAAUAUACCAAAAGGAUUUUAAAAGCUAGAUUUUGAUGUGAAAUCUCAUUUUUAUUUUUAAUGCCAAAAGGAUUGUAAAGCCAUUAAGUAAUAAAAGAUUAGAUAUUUAUAAGAUUGUAUACAAGAGAAUAUUUCUCACAUUUUGAUUGUUAUGUGUACUGUGGAGCAUUUUAUAUAUUUAUAU